UCACGUUCAAACAAAACGGACAGCGGCUGGCGGAGGGACUGUCAUCCUCUUGCUCCAUUGUUGGAUAAUUCCCCACUCGGUUAAAGGAUAACGGAAAUGGAGUGUGGAGGAGAGCCACCGGCGGUCGACCACGACAAAUGGCGCCUCUACGAAGCUUACAAUGAGCUUCACGGCCUUGCUCAGGAGUUCGACACUCCUUUCGACGCUCCGGCGGUGCUGGUCGUCGGCCAUCAGACCGACGGCAAGAGUGCCUUGGUCGAAGCUCUCAUGGGCUUCCAAUUCAACCACGUCGGCGGUGGUACCAAGACUCGCCGACCUAUUACUCUUCACAUGAAGUACGACCCUGACUGUGAAGCUCCUAUCUGUCAUCUUGUCUCCGAUGACGAUCCCACCGUCGCUCACCAGAAAUCUCUCCACGAAAUUCAGGCGUUCAUUGAAGCCGAAAACUUGAGGUUGGAGAGUGAAUCGAGUCAAUUCUCGGCUAAGGAAAUAACUAUUAGAGUGGAAUACAAGUAUUGCCCUAAUCUUACCAUUAUUGACACUCCUGGCCUCAUUGCUCCUGCCCCAGGUGGAAAGAAUCGGGUGUUGCAGGGCCAAGCUCGUGCUGUUGAGUCAUUAGUACGAGCUAAAAUGCAGCACAAAGAGUUCAUCAUACUGUGUCUUGAAGAUUGUAGUGACUGGAGUAAUGCGACGACACGAAGGGUCGUAAUGCAAAUUGAUCCUGAGCUCUCGAGGACUGUGAUUGUAUCGACCAAACUUGAUACCAAGAUACCCCAAUUUGCUCGUUCUUCAGAUGUGGAAGUCUUUCUUUUGCCACCCUCUUGUGCACUUGAUGGUAUCAUAUUGGGCGACUCUCCAUUUUUCACAUCUGUUCCUUCAGGCAGAGUUGGUUCUGGACACGAUUCAGUUUAUAAAACAAAUGAUGAAUUCAAAGAGGCUAUAGCUUUGAGAGAGAAGGAAGACGUUACCCUUUUAGAGGAAAAGUUGUGCCGGCCACUGGCUGAGAAAGAAAAAGUGAGAAUUGGUGUAAGCAAAUUAAGAACGUUCUUAGAAGAACUGCUACAGAAAAGGUAUAUGGACAGCGUGCCCUUGAUCAUUUCACUUCUUGAUAAGGAGUACAGGAGCACAACUCGAAAACUGAAUGAGAUUGAUCAAGAACUCAGUAAUUUGGAUGAAGUAACAUUGAAGGAGAAAGGAAGAGCAUUUCACGAUUUGUUUUUGACCAAGUUGUCUUUGCUAUUAAAAGGAACAGUUGUCGCACCUCCAGAUAAAUUUGGUGAAACACUACAAGAUGAAAGAAUCAAUGGAGGGGCUUUUGUUGGUACCAAUGGCCAUCAAUUUCCCCAGAAACUAAUCCCGAAUGCAGGCAUGCGUUUGUAUGGUGGUGCACAAUAUCAUCGUGCCAUGGCUGAGUUUCGUUUUGUGGUCGGGGGAGUAAAGUGUCCUCCAAUUACAAGGGAAGAAAUUGUAAAUGCAUGUGGAGUUGAAGAUAUACAUGAUGGAGCAAACUACUCUAGAACGGCUUGUGUUAUAGCUGUGGCCAAAGCUCGAGAUACCUUUGAACCAUAUCUUCAUCAGUUGGGCAGUAGAUUAUUGCACAUUCUGAAGAGAUUGCUUCCCAUAUCUGUAUACCUUCUUCAGCAGAAAGAUGGAGAGUAUUUAAGUGGUCAUCAGGUGUUUCUGAACCGUGUCUCGUCUGCCUUCAACAACUUUGCUGAAUCUACUGAGAAGGCAUGCCGUGAAAAAUGCAUGGAAGAUUUAGUGAGCACUACCCGCUAUGUCUCAUGGUCGCUUCAUAAUAAGAAUCGAUCUGGACUACGUCACUUCCUAGACUCAUUUUGCGGAAGUGAUCAGCCGAUUAUGGGAGGAAAUUUGGGAUCUGGUGGCCUUUCCCAAGAUUCGACUUUUCGAUCUCUUAGCAAUGAGCGGCAAGACAAUAAGCCUAGGCCAGAUGUAAAGCUCAGUCAAUUGGCUUCAGGGGUUGACUCCAGCUCUUGUAUUCAGGGAACAGAAGCAAGGCUGGUUGAUCUUUUAGAUUGUACGCUUUGGAACAGAAGGCUUGCUCCUUCAUCUGAAAGAAUUGUUCAUGCUCUGGUACAGCAAAUUUUUCAUGGCAUUAGAGAAUAUUUCUUGGCUUCUGCAGAACUAAAGUUCAACUGUUUUCUUCUAAUGCCAGUAGUGGACAAGUUGCCAGUGCUCCUUCGCGAGGACUUGGAGUCGGCUUUUGAAAGCGAAUUGGAUACUGUUUUUGACAUUACAAACUUGGUACACUCCUUGAGCCAACGAAAGCGUGAUGCCGAAGUUGAACUAAGAAGGAUUAAGAAACUUAAGGAGAAGUUUAGAGUGGUUCAUCAGCAGCUCAUAUUGCAACAAUCCAAGCCUGACAUAAAAACUGGAGAAUCUGAUACAAAAUAAAGUUAAAUCAUCGAAAAAUGGCGCCAUUCGGUAUGAUAAUUUCUGUCAAUUUUUAGCAAUUGUCGCCGCUUCUAGUAUGAUCAUUUCUGUCAUCUUUUAGCAAUUGUUGAGAAGAUUUGGGAGUAGCAUGUGGGUCACUUUUGUUGUAGCUAAGCAUAUUUUAUUAUGAUAUAGAUCAACAAGUAUUCUGCAGGCACUCUCUGAAUAUUGUGAAAUCUUUCCUGUUAAUGUGUAUGGAUUAUUAGCCUAAUUGUGAAGUUUUUGUCAUAAGAUUAUAUGGAAAACAAGCUAGGAGAAGGCUUCAAACUCCAAUGGGAGGUAAAG